AGUGUAUUGUAAGAAAUUUGACGUUACGAAGAUUCUUCUGACAGAAUGCUAGGGAUGGUUCUCUUGGGAACUGAGACCAUCAUGACUGCAGUAUCCAUCACAUGCGUUACCUCACUUCUAGGUUGUACCAAUGGCACAAGGUCAACUGAAGGCUAAUUUAACUCGAUUGAUUCUGAGCAGACAGGGCCUUGUUCAUCCAAAAGUUACAUUCAUUUCUGGAGCUAAAACAGUGACUCUUCUGGUCUCUGAGGGAACUUGGACAUCCACCGUUUUCUUAUUUUACAAAUUUCAACAGUUCUUGACAAUAACAACAAAUCAUUUAUCACUGCUGGAGAAUGAAGCACUGCUGAAACACCUACUAAAUCAGGCACGGAAUGUUUCUGGAGCACCUGCGUAACUUCAGUACAUUCAUGUGUACCGCUGUUUGCAUUUGCAAGAGCUGAUGUCUGUACCAUAUGGCUUAUAAAAAGCUUCCUGACUUUCAUUGUUAGCCUGAGCUCACCAGAGCUAUUCCAUGUUUCUUUUUUUUUUAAAUGGAUGGUCUCAGUUGCUUCCCUGUUACUAAGGCUUUUCACAUUUUUUUUGUUUUAAAACCUCCAUGUCUGCUGUGGUUCUCUUUUCAUGAAUUUGUCCGCAUAUUAAGAACGUACUGGUCUGAGCACACUUGGAGGCACUGCUAAUUAUUAACUUUUUUGUUUUCUAAAACACAGCCCUAACCCAACGGACAUUUCUGCAGGACACUCCGCUUUUGUAAGGUUGGAAUGUCUCUCCCCCUUUCCCUUGCCGUCACGCAGGGCAGCGAGGAACAAGCAAGAGUGCCGCUUGCCCUUUGCAGCACCAACAGAUCCCCUUUGCAGGGACAGUUGCUCUGAGGAAUUCUCUCUCGGUUCCCGGGACACAGCGUGGCCAGCAACUUACGGCGGACCGGGCGGCGGCAAACACAUUGCGGCACGACCACAGAGCGGGGCCGCCAGGAGUCCCGCUCGCGGGCAGUCCCGCCCCGCUCCUGCCACCUCAGGGCGCCAAGGACUGCAAGAGCCACAAGCACCACCGACACCGGCAAAGCACAGCCCCGCAUGCGCACAAAAACCCGCCGGGCAGCCUGCCUCCACUACGCAGGCGCUCGCUCUCACUCGGCGACGGCACUUCGCGCAUGAGCAAAACUGCUACCGCGCUUCCGCUCUUUGCCGGCGGGAAAACCACGAGCGUGUUCUGCCCGAGCAAGACCCAGCUCUUCCCCCUCCGCGCGCAUGCGCCAGACGCGCGGUUUCCCUGGCAGCGGGGAUUGUUUUCGGCCAAACCACCUGCGCAGCGCUGCGGAGGGGGGAGCGCGGGGUGAGGGAGAGCCCACUGACGGGGGGAGACGAGGCCGCCGCAGGAGCUGGCUGGCCGCGGCGGUGCCACCGAGGCGGACGGGCCCGACCUUCAAGUCUGUGGACACGUUAUAUUAAUUAAAGUUGUUAAUUACUCUGAAAAAAAUGAUGAAUCCUGAGAGAAAAGCAGCUGCUGUGUUGAGCCACCUUUAACUGAGGACUGAAAAUGCCAACAGUUGAAAGUGAGGCAAAGGCAAAAACCAAAGUUCGCUUUGAGGAAAUCUUCAGACGUCAUGCUGGCCUAACAGAGGAAAAGAAAUCAAGGAAAAAGAAGCUCCACUCUCAAGAGAAUAUUGUGCUUGACACUUUCAGAAGUAAUAUUGAUCUAACUAAAGAAAGUGGGAAUGAUGAAGCAAUUAUAAACAACACAUACAAUCCUGAAGAAGAGAGUCCCCGAUUUACAAAAAAUAAACUCAGAGAGAAAACAUCAAUUGCAGAGAAAAUAAAUAAUGAUGUUAUUAGUGGAGAGGCGAACAAGCAAACAAAGUCUAACAAGAAGAAAAAGAAAUCAUUGUCACAAGAACAAUUUAAUGAGGAGGACAAUUUAUAUGAAGUUAAAUUGGAGAGUUCUGAAAAAAAGAUUAAUGAUUUUCCAAGGAAAAAGACAAAAAGUAAAUCACAAACAGAUGUACCUCAUCAAGAAGGUGAUGGAAAGAUUAAAAGUUCCUUCACAGAAGUGAGAAAUGCAACUGAAUUAGAAGAGGAAGAAGAGCUAAUUCAAGCCUAUCAGUUGCAUGUGGCUGAGAAUGAGGUAAAUGCAAUUAAAAAGAAAAUAAGAAUGAAACUUAAAGAACAGAUGUCUGAAUUUACCUCUACUGAUCAGAGCCAUGAAGUUGCAUUGAGUGAUGAAGUGGGCAAAAAGCAGAAAAAGAAGAAAGAAGUUGCAGUUGUAUGUGAAGCUGAAACAAGUGCAAUGUCCCUUUCCGACCUACAGCAUCAUCCAGCAGAAGGUAACAAUGAAAAUCAUUUACUGGAAAGAGAAUUUGUAUCAGAAGGACAGAACCUGGAGGAAAGCAUGGAAAAACAGAAACCUAAAGCAAAGAUGGUUAAAAAGAAAACCAAAAAAGAAAAUAACGCAGGAGUUACUGCAGAAAAUGAUGAGGAAAUGAGGACUUCAGAAAUUUCAACUCAGUCUAAAUUUGUUUUUGAUGAUGAUCUUGUGUUGGGAAUUUAUAUCCAUCGAUCUGAUCGACUUAAAACUGAUCUGGUAUCUCAUCCUGUAGUUAAAAUCCAUAUUGUUGAUCAGAAAAGUGGCUUAUAUGUCAAGAAGGAUCAUAGUGAGAGGAAAGUUGUAUCUUACUACGAGGAAGAGCAAAUAGACCAUAUUCUUCCUAUUAUGACGCAGCCAUAUGACUUCAGACUGUUUAAAUCAGCGGUUCCAGAAUGGGAGGAACAAGUCAUAUUUAAUGAGCACUUUAAUUAUUUUAUUCAAAAUACUGAAGAAAGUCCUCGAGUAAUUCUAUUUUUUGAGAUCCUUGAUUUUCUCAGUAUGGAUGAAGUGAGAGUCAACUCUGAUGCACAAAUUCAGGAAUGUGGUUUCCGAAAAAUCUGUUGGGCUUUUCUAAAGCUUGUUGGUGCAAAUGGAGUUCUAAAUGUUGAUGGAAAACUCCGUCUGCAAUUGUAUUACCCACCUUCAAAGACCAGGUCACAUUCAGAUGUUGUUGAAGUUUUUGAUUGGUGGGCAAAAUGUCCUAGAAAUCGUUACCCAGCAACUUUAUAUGUUACUGUAAGAGGCAUAAAACUGCCAGAUCAUGUUGCCCCUUCUUUCCGUUCUAUGCUGGCUGUUCAAGAGGAACAAGGUAGUGCAACACUGUGUGAGCUCCAUGGGGAAGGAUCUAAAAAAUCAUGUGAAGUCAGUUCUCUAGAGGAGAAAAAAGAGCAGCUAAAGUGGUCGAGGCUCCCUGGACAGGCUUGUCGCAUUCCAAACAAACAUCUGUUUUCAUUGCGAGGUGGAGAUAUGGGCUGUUUCUGUAUUCGUUUCUCUCAUGAUGGAAGAACACUGGCAGCAGCAUGUGCAGGAAGGAAUGGCUAUCCCAUCGCUUUGUUUGAAAUUCCUUCUGGACGGUUCCUGAGAGAAUUCUAUGGUCACCUUAACAUAGUGUAUGAUCUUUGUUGGUCAAAGGAUAGUCAACACCUUCUUACUGCAUCCUCUGAUGGUACUGUCAGAAUGUGGAAGAUUGAAACACCGGUUGCAUCUGCAGUGAAAGUUUUCCCUCAUCCUUCAUUUGUUUACACUGCAAAGUACCACCCCGUUGCUGACUUUUUGGUGGUGACAGGAUGUUAUGAUGCUGUAAUUAGAAUUUGGAAUGCCAGUGUGAAAGAAAUCCAUGGGCAACUGCUACAGGAGCUUGAUGGUCACAAAAGUUUCAUCAACACACUUUGUUUUGAUACAGAAGGCCUCCACAUGUUCUCAGGAGAUAGCACGGGACUGAUAAUAGUUUGGGAUACAUCUGUGAAAGGAAGUUCUCAAUGCCUGUUUCAACACUGGAGAAUUAAUAAGGAAAUAAAAGAAAAUGAUCUUAGAGGAACUCCAGUAAAUCAUUUGGAGGUGCAUCCAAAUGGAAGACGCUUAUUAAUCCAUGCCAAAGACAGUACCCUGAGAAUUACGGAUCUCAGAAUCUCGGCUACAAAGAAAUAUAUAGGUGCUACAAAUUACAGAGAGAAGAUUCACAGCACUUUAACACCAUGUGGUACGUUCCUAUUUUCUGGAAGCGAAGAUGGAAGAGCGUAUGUGUGGAAUCCAGAGACAGGAGAUCAGGUGGCAAUAUAUUCUGAACUUUCCUUCACAUCUCCACUUCGUGACGUUGCCUUUCAUCCACAUGAACAUAUGGUGUCAUUUUGUGCCUUUGGUCAAAACCAACCAAUACUUGUGUAUAUUUAUGAUUAUAAAGUUGCACAACAAGAAGCUGAACUUGUAAAAGAUCUUAGCUCAUCACUUAGCACAGCUGCACCAAGAGGACCGCAAAUUAUUAGCAGUUUUUCUGAAAUUCCUAUGCAAAAAAGUUCCAUAAUGUCUCCAGCAGAUCAGUUUGUCGGUGCUGCAAGAACAUCAAUGCGAAUGCAAAAGCUGAAACAAAAACUUGAUUCUGUAACGACGAGCUCAAAUCUCUUGCUUCCUGCUCCAUUGUCGCUGUCACCACACUCCAAACUAAGGCUGCCGAACACUCUGAGCACUUCACUGAAUCCACUGUAUUCUUUCUCAGGGUCAGUUCCAAGAAUGCUGCAAAGAGAACAAGGUGUGUCUGGAAUUGUCUGUAUCACCAAUGUUUGAGCUGAUAAUUUGGCACGUGCAAAUGUGCAGAAGCCAUCUAGGAAGAUCUAAUAGCUGUGUAUUUUUAUAUGAACAAGCCUGUUAAGGUAUGUGCUUUGGGAGUCCCAAACUUUCACAAUGCUAGUACAUGGUUUUCUGUGUUUUCUCUGGUAGCUUGAUCUUUUCAAAAAAAUAAACUUUUUUUUGUAGCAGUUAGCAAUGAAGUCCUUUUAAAAAAACCCAGAUAUCUUUAAUAAUGCACAGUGUAUAGCAGUGGGUUACUUUCAUAAUAAGAUAUGGAGAAGGAUUUCCUGUCCUUCAGUAUUCAGACCUCAAAAAAUGCCAUUUCUUUUACUGAUGAAUAUGAAAACUUUGAUGCUGCUUUUGUGUGAGUUUUGGGUUACUGGAGAUGCAAUAUGAGCCCUAGUCAGUAGCAAUUUUAACUGCUGAUACUAGUAAAAAAAAAAAAAAGAGAGAGGAAGGGUGAUGUAAUUAACUGGCCAUUGCUGAAUUUCGGUUGUGAGAGGAACCAUGCAAAGUAAAUUACUCUGUUUUCCUUUCUUGCUUAAUUUUCAUUCUCUGUCUUUUAUCUCUGGUCAAGUACGUUUCCUAAAGACAUGAGAAGACCUCCCAAGGUCAGCAGAUACUCAAAUUUUAGAGCUGCAGAUACUGUUGAAUUCUGUGUUGAAUCACGACUGUCAUAACAUAUUUUAGGAAAACGAUAAAUUCUCCUUAGGAGCUCUAUUUCCUCUGGUUCAAGGAGGGUAAGUAAUACAGCACAACAGAAGCAACAAUACUACCAAACACCAUUGUGACGGUUACCUCUUCAUUGUUGUGCACUCACAAUCCUAGAGGAUGGCAAUUUCUCUGUUUCUUGAACAUACUUUUCCAAAGGGUAACAUCACAAGCUUCAUUUAAUUCAAUACAAUACAAGUUUCCUUUUCAAAUUUAAUUUAGCUUUUUUGUUUUUAAAUAGCUCUGAUGAGCUUAGCAAAAACAAUAAUUACUUUCUGAGGAUAUCUGUUAGAAAAAUAACCCUUGUUAAUCCAAACUAUGUGUCACGGUCUGUGUUUUCCUUGCAUCUUUUUUGUUAUCUGCUAUCUAGAACUUGUAAAUAAUAUUGCCAAUCUGAUUUCAGAAUGCUGAUUUUAUCUGUACAGGCUUAUUAAUGUUUGUUGUAGAGUCAUUUUCCAUUCUCUGCAUUGUAGAAAGAAACAACAGGAUGGCAUAGCCCCUGUUUAUUUUUCAAUUCUAUCUAAUGCCAUUAUGAUGUAACGUUAGAGGUUGUUAUAAAUUAGCACGUUCCUGAUUAGCAUGAAUUCAAUAUGUGCUCUUUACUUCAAAAGAAUGCUUGGGACACGUGCUACUACUUGCGUUGUUUAUAUAUGGUUCUGUAGAAACUUAACAUUUGCAAGAAAAAUGUAAGAUGAUGAUUUGAUAAGAUUACGCAGAAAUAAUUAGGUGGGUGUGUAGGCUCCUAAAUGUAUUUGAUUUUAAUCUCUAAUUAAAAAGUUGGAUUUUUUAUUGUUUUUGUGAUGCAAUAGCUUUUACUUCAUUAUACCUUUUGUAAAUAGGGGCCAAAUUCUGCAUGUUCAUUGUGUCUAAGUACAGGAUGAAUGUAUGUAUAUGGAAACAGUAUUCUCCUCAAAGCCAUUGACAGACUGUCUCCAUAGUUCCUUUUGGAGGAUUAUUCCAAGAUGCAGAAUGCUUACAUGUUUGUGUCCUUAGACACCUUGAACCAGAAAUAUCUCUCUGCAUUCCUUUGGCUGAUGGUAGGUAUAAUUAUCUUUGUGGGAUAUGGCACUGCCAGAAGCAUAGUGUUUUUCAUGUUGGUGCUGUCUGAUUCUGCGAUCUCUUAUAUGAAGGUUGGAAUUAGCUGGUGUUGCAGUGAAGAUAUCUCUUUGUGGAUCUACAGGUGUGAAUUCAAGUCUUGCUCCAUCCCACUGAUCUAGCACUGACUUAGUUCUGCUUGCAAGGGCAUAGUUGGUCAUUUGGGCUGGGGAAUCAGACAGCCAGAUGUAUAACCAUAGAUGACUAUAUCAGUCUUUGAAUAGGAAAGUUACUGUGUUUAAGCAUAUUAUACAGUUGUCUAAUAUCCAGUUGUCUUGCACAGUUGUGGAGAAACAUGACUGACUCAUGGUUUCAGAAGCCAAGCUUCUCCUAAUGCCUGGAGUUGGGGCAUCUGCUGGAAAAUCACUUGCUGGUGUGAAAGAAACAGCAGCAGUAUGUGCGUAACUGCAUGCUACUGGAUUGUGUAGCUCUGUGGAGUUUGUUCUCUAGAUAACUGUUUUUAAGAGCAGCAUUUCAUAAAUCAUUGGUAAAAAGGUAAAUAUUACAUACUUCUAAAUGGAAAACGUAUAUCCUCCUGUGCAGAUUUUUCUGUAUGGCAUCAUAUUUGACAUGGCAGCCACAGCCUGAUCUACUGACAUCUACUGUUCCCGAAUUACUUUUAUUUUGUUAGUUUGUGAGUUUUUGUGGUAGUAAUGGGAAUGGGGAAAGGGAACAAAUGAACAUUACUGUCUGCCACCUAACAGCACAGCUCCUUUGGCUUUGUAUAUUUGUUUGUUUUGUCACUACCAUCUUGAUCGGUCACCUGCACUAACUGGAGCAGUGACACUUGGCAGCAGUAAAGCUGAAUGAAAUUUCUCUCUUAUUUCUACGAGUAUGAAGUGAAGAAAGGUUCUCAUAUUGAAAGCUAAAAUAAAUGAGGUUUAUACAUCUUGUAGAAAGUACAGGGAGUAAUCAGAGAGGUGUUUUAUUUGUCCUUUUGAUUUUGUAUGUUUUUAAGUGUGUAGAUCUAGGUAACAAAUUGGAAUCUCAUUUAGAAAAUGAGUGUUAAAUUGAGGAGAUGGUACAUUUACUCUGAAAGAAGAAAUAAGUGGCGAAAAGAUAAGGAGGGGCUAAUAACAGCAUGGGCUCACCUGUUGUCAGGUGGAGUUCUGCAAACUUGCAAAAAACACUGCAAGAACCAUGUCAGUGUUUUCAGAAGUUCUUUGCAUUCAGUACUGAUGCCGUCCUAACACUUCUGUGUGUACAUUUAAACAGAGCACGUGAGAAUUGUCUGUUUUAAGUGAUGUGCAAGAUACAGACUGAAGAAAAUUAACAGUUUCCUUUGGCCUCAUACUAUUUUCAAGGAUAACAGUGUAUUAGAAAGGCUGCUAAAUAUAGUUCAGAAUAAGACAAGGAACAACUUUUGAAAUUAGUUGUAUUGUUCUGCAGCUUCAGCAGAUUGUGUUCUAAAGUAGUUUUAAAAGCUGUGAUACAGAUUAAACUUAGUUGAAACAUUUUCCAACACACUUUGGUCCUAUCCAUUUUCCACUCAGUCAGGACCAUUAGAUUUUAUACUUAGCGGUGUGAAUUUGAAGUAGGUUCUCACCUACAGCGUUGGAUGUUAGUAAAAUGUCUGUUUUGGUGGUAAAACAAAAAUGUACACCCAUUCCUUUUAAUUUUAUGUGAGCUGCAUCUGAAAAUGUUUACAGUUGGUUUUGAAAGUGUUUGUGAUCUUGUGUGCAAGUAAAGAGAAGCAGUUUCUUAUCCAGUGUAUAAAAAUUAUUUAAUGAAUUCUGUUUGAUCUGUUAAAGCAUAAUUGUUGUGAGAAUAAAGUGUUUGAGGGAAAAUUAGUAUAUAUUUAUGGCAUUACAAAAUGAUCCUCUUUCUGUUAUAUAAUGCCUUGCUUGAAAAGUCCCAGAAAAGAGUAAUACUGCUCUGAAAACUUUUACUUUAAAAACAAACAAAUAAACAAAAAACCUGUCCUAUGAAACCUGAAUGAGAGAUUACAGUGCAUACUAGAAUAUCUACUUGUCAGAAAAUUCAGUUUUGAAUAGGUGACUGCUGAAAACAUAAUUCUGUUUACUGGAAAUAGUUCUAAAGCCACGAAAGGUUGAUAGGAAAGCAGGCUGAGCUGAUACAUGCAUAUUCAGCUUAUAUGAGUUGUUUACUUGGGUAUAUUUUAACUAUGCCAUGUUGCAAGAGGCCACAAUAUAAAUUACACGAUGUAUGUCUGCAAUAAGAAAUACUGUUUCCUAGAAGCAUAGUUUAUUUUCAUGUUAUUUUCAUGUCCUUAUAUCUUUCAGAGUUUUUGGUGUUUUUUUUCCUUUUAAAAUAAAUUAUUAACUACUAUAAA